UGCACCGCUUUCAGCUCACUUCGUUUUCGCUUUGCCUUUCUUCCCCGAGAAUUCUUGCUGCGAAAAGGAGAGAGAGAGAGAGAGAGCUUCAGAGAGGGAAGCAACCGGAGCGAAAACCAGGAGGAGGGGAAGGAAGAGAAGCUCGGGAAGAUGGCGUUGAUCACGGACGAGAUCAGAGCCCAGGCCGAGUUCUACCGUGGGGACGAGAUAUGCCAGGAGAAGUCCCGGUUCUUGCUCACCGAGAUGGGGCUCCCCAACGGUCUGCUCCCGCUCAAGGACAUCGAGGAAUGCGGGUACGUGAAGGAGACCGGCUUCGUGUGGCUCAAGCAGAAGAAGAAGGUCGACCACAAGUUCGAGAAGAUCGGGAAGCCGGUGACCUACGCGCCCGAGAUCACCGCCCAGGUCGAGCACGGCAAGAUCAAGAAGCUGACGGGCGUGAAGACCAAGGAGCUCCUGGUGUGGGUCACCCUGUGCGACAUCUACCUCGACGACCCGCCCACCGGGAAGAUCACCUUCAAGACUCCGUCCGGGCUGUACAGGUCCUUCCCCGUGUCCGCGUUCGAGAUCGAGGAGCCGGCCAAGGACGGGGGUAAGGCCAAGGGAGUGGAGGGAGCGAGUGCAGCCGUGGAGGUUAAGGAGGUUUAGGAAGACUCCUCCGGAUCUUGUAGUUCUCGUCUUUACCAGUUUUCAGUCUUUGGGUUUUUACUAGUCUUGGUCAAAAUGCCUUUGUUGCUAGGCAUGUCUACCGUGGGACGCUCGUGAUGAUAGACGGCCCUGCGAACGUGGAAUAACGCUUAUUGCUUGCUGAAUCUCAUCUUUGAAAAUUGUCUUUGCUUCAGUAUAUGUCUUUGCGCUUUCGUUUAUGUUAGAACGCCCUUGAAGGCGAAGUAAUUAGCCCCACUUUGCCGUCAA